AUGCAAAACACCAUCGAAACCCUUGAACUCAAGUUCGGUCCCGAUGGCCUCGGUUAUGUGGCCAUCGAGUUCCAAGUGUUCUUCAACAACUUCACAUCCAACGACUUCAACACCCUCUUCAGAUCGCUCCCUUGCGACCGUGCUGAAAGAAGUCAUGGACAAGACUCGCCUACAUGGAACAAGGGAAGGAUCGACUGCGCAUAUGGCCCUCCAGAGGUCCAUGAGGCGUAUGCAGUUGAAUUCGCUAGAGGUGUGGAGCGUUUCCUUGGAGCUAGGGAGCAAGAGCUCGCUUGCGGAGGGCUUAUGGCCCUUGUUGAAUUGUGCCUCUCCCCUGGGACGACUACGCAACGAUGCUUACUCAUAGUAAUGAUUGGUGUCUUAGGUUCCUGCCUUGUCGAUACGGCCAUCGAGGGGCUGCUAAGCGAAAACGAUGUGGACUCUUUCAACCUUCCCAGAUACUAUGCUAGUCAGCAAGAGCUAGAAACAGUCAAAGAGAUAAACGGUUUGUUCAGCAUCGAGAGGAUUGAGCUGCUCGACCUGUCCAAGACUGACGGAGGGACCAUCAUAGUGCUCACGCCGUCCAUGAUCGCCUCAUACAUUACGGGGAUCCUGGAGGGGCUCAUCAAGGAUCAUUUCAGGGCCGAGAUAGUGGACUGGUUGUUCACCCGGUUCGAGAAGAAGAGAAGAGUCUUCCCUAUUGUUGGACCCUGA